GCACCGGCAAGUCCUACCUGCUGAAGCGCAUCGUGGGCUCCCUGCCGCCCAAGAGCACCUACGCCACGGCCAGCACCGGCGUGGCCGCCUGCCACGUCGGCGGCACCACGCUGCAUGCCUUCGCGGGGAUCGGCUCUGGGAAGGCACCGCUGGAGCAGUGUGUCCAGCUGGCUGAGAGACCUGGCGUGCGUCAGCACUGGCUAGCCUGCCAGCACCUUGUCAUCGAUGAGAUCUCCAUGGUGGAUGGCAAGUUCUUUGACAAGCUGGAGGCUGUGGCCAGGGCAGUAAGGAAACGGGAUGACCCUUUUGGAGGAAUUCAGCUAAUCAUCUGUGGGGACUUCUUACAGCUGCCCCCAGUCUGCAAGGCCAAUGAAGAAACCAAGUUCUGCUUUCAGGCAAAAAGCUGGAGGAAGUGCAUCCAAAUAAACAUGGAAUUGACUGAAGUGCGGAGGCAGAGCGACAAGACCUUUAUCUCGCUCCUCAGUGCAGUCCGUCUAGGCAGGUGCACAGAGGAGGUUGCCAGUCUGUUGAUGCAGACUGCCACCAACAGAGCCGAGCGGGACGGGAUCCUGGCCACUCGGCUCUGCACCCAUAAGGAUGAUGUGGAGCUAACUAAUGAGAGACGCUUGCAACAGCUGCCAGGAGAAGUGCACACUUUUGAGGCUUUGGACAGUGAUCCAGUGCUAGUGAAAUUAAUUGAUGCUCAGUGUCCUGUGGGUAGCAGAGUUGAGCUAAAGCUUGGAGCUCAGGUGAUGCUGGCUAAAAAUCUGGAUGUGUCACAAGGGCUGGUGAACGGGGCACGAGGAGUUGUUGUAGGGUUUGAAAGUGAGCAGAAAGGACUGCCUAAGGUGAGGUUUCUCUGUGGAGUCACACAGGUCAUCAAGGUAGAGCGCUGGGUCUUCAAGGGACCAUCUGGAGUUUAUCUGAGUCGCCAACAGUUGCCCCUAAAACUGGCAUGGGCUAUUUCUAUUCACAAGAGUCAGGGCAUGUCUCUAGACUGUGUGGAAAUCUCUCUCUCCCGCGUCUUUGAAAGUGGCCAGGCCUAUGUAGCACUUUCCCGGGCCCGUAGCCUCGCAGGUCUCCGCGUUCUGGAUUUUGACCCCAAAGUUGUGCGAGCAGAUCCGUCUGUGCUGCAGUUCUACAGACAGCUGAGAAAUCAUCAACUUCUAACUCUGGAUUCUCUGCACACCCGUUCAGGAGCUGAUGAUGACAAGGAGAACUGA